AUGGCCGAGUCAGUGUUCCCCGACCCCACGUCGGAUCUUGGGUGGAGUGAUUACAUCGGUGCAAUUCAUGAGAUCUUUGCCAAGAAUGCUGUUGCGCACCCUUCGCGAGUUUGCGUGACAGAGACCAAGAGCUCUACGUCGCCGACGAGAAGCUUCAAUUAUCAGCAAAUAUACGAGGCUUCCAACACAAUCGCCAACCAUCUGCACGAUGCUGGCAUCACCAAUGGAGAUGUGGUCAUGAUCUUCGCCAACAGAACUGUAGAGCUGAUCUGCGCAUUUAUGGGAGUUUUGGCUGCUGGAGCUACAGUCACAGUCCUCGACCCGCUGUACCCGCCGCAAAGGCAGCAAAUUUAUCUCGAGUCGGCCCAGCCCAAGGCCAUGAUCUCAAUUGGCAAGACCAUUGACGAAAAUGGGCCACUUGCUCCGCUCGUACAGAAGUAUGUCGACGAGCAACUGUCUCUCAAGACCCAGAUUCCUGAACUCCGAAUGAGUGACGACGGCAUCCUCUUUGGCGGAAAGCAAGAUGGCGUAGAUAUCUUCGACACACUACGCUCCAAAGCAUCAUCACCCCCCGACGUUCUAGUCGGCCCAGACUCUGUCUCUGUCAUGUCCUUCACUUCGGGAUCCGAGGGAAGGCCCAAGUGUGUCUUGGGGCGUCAUUACAGCUUGGCAAAAUACUUUCCCUGGAUGUCGAAGCGCUUCAACCUCACAGCAGAUUCAAAGUUCGCUUGCCUUAGCGGGAUUGCCCACGAUCCCAUUCAGCGAGACAUAUUCACACCACUCUUUCUCGGCGCCCAUCUUCUAAUUCCAGCCAAGGAGGACAUCGCACACGAGAAGCUCAGCGAAUGGAUGCGGGAUUGGUCACCCACCGUCACGCACUUGACUCCUGCAAUGGGCAAUGUGCUUGUGGCAGCAUCUAGCGCCAAAUUCCCCUCCCUGCGUCAUGUCUUCUUCGUUGGCGAUGUUCUGACCACUCGUGACUGCAAGGCCCUGCAGAGAUUAGGGCCAGCAUGCCGCAUAGUAAAUAUGUACGGAACGACCGAGACUUCUCGGGCCGUCUCUUACUUUGAAAUUCCAUCCGCCGAAGAGGAUCCCGCCGCUUUGGACUCGUUGGGUGACACCAUCCCCGCGGGAUGGGGAAUGGAGAACGUCCAGGUUCUUGUUGUAUCUCAGAAGGAUCAUAAGACGUUGUGCGGUGUUGGAGAAGUUGGCGAGUUGAUGAUAAGAGCUGCCGGACUUUCAGCAGGUUAUCUCAAUGACCCUAAGCUGAACAAAGAGAAAUUCAUCGACAACUGGUUUGUCGAUAAUAACAAGUGGGUAGAGGCUGAUAAAGCCAAGGACAAGGGAGAGCCAUGGCGCGCCUUUUAUAAUGGGCCUCAUGAUAAGCUCUAUCGAACGGGAGACCUCGGCCAGUAUCUUCCCUCGGGAGCCGUGCGUGUAUCUGGACGAAUCGACUCUCAGGUCAAGAUUCGUGGCUUCCGAAUUGAGCUCAACGAGAUUGACGCUAAUCUGAGCAACAGCCCUCUUGUGCAAGACUGCAAGACGCUUGUCCGGAGAGACGCCCAUGAGGAGCCUAAGCUUGUCAGUUAUAUCGUUCCCGAGCUCACUGAGUGGAAGCGCUGGCUUGAAGCCAACAAUCAAGAAGAUCUUAAGGAUGAGGGUAUCGAGAUUGGACCUGCUGUUGUUUACCUCAAGAGGUUUCGUGCCCUUCAGGCGGUUGUUCGUGACCAUCUCAAGGACCGUCUUGCGUCUCACUCGAUACCCUCGGUCUUUAUUAUACUGAAGAAGCUUCCUCUCAAUCCAAACGGCAAGGUUGAUUCCCCAAAUCUGCCUUUCCCCGAUGCAGCGCAAAUCAUGGAGGAAGCCUCAGAAGAGGACCUGGCAAGCUGGGAAUCCCUAUCAGAUACAGAAAAGACGGUCGCCUCGCUUUGGGCAACUCUUAUUCCAGGCCUAAACGCCAAAACGCUCAGGCCCGACUCGGACUUUUUCGACUGCGGCGGGCACAGCUUGCUCGCCCAGCAAAUGUUGCUAUCUGUACGAAAGAGCCUGAACGCGGAUAUUCUUAUUGGCGUUCUUUAUUACCACCCGACUCUGCGGGGUUUGAGCAGCCAGAUUGACCAACUACGCAGUGGUCAAGCUGUCGAAAAGGUAUCCGAAUCGAACUAUGCUAAAUCAUUGGAUACGUUGAUGAAGACACUGGACGAAAAGUAUCAGACAGCGGAUCCAGAUGCCCUGAGCCCAUCAAGCGGUGCCACAUUCUUCCUCACUGGUGCCACAGGUUUCUUAGGCGCAUACCUAGUCAAGGACAUCUUGGAGAGGGGGAACACCAAGCUCAUUACACACAUCCGUGGAGCCAAGGAUGUUGCUUAUGCCAAGGAGCGCUUGAGAAGAUCACUCAAGGGCUAUCUCCUAUGGCAAGACUCAUGGGAGGAUAGGAUCUCGUGUGUUCUCGGCGACCUGUCCAAGCCUCGUCUCGGUCUUGAUGAUGCCAGUUGGAAGCACAUCGCUGAGACAGCAGAUGUCAUAGUGCACAACGGUGCCUAUGUCCACUGGAUUGCCCGAUAUGAGCAGAUGGUGAACAGCAACGUCCUCUCUGUUAUUGAUGCAAUGAAGCUCUGCAAUGAGGGCAAGGCCAAGCUCUUCUCCUUUGUCUCCUCAACUUCGACUCUGGACACCGAGUACUACUAUAACCUCUCAAGAGACCAGGUCGCCGUCGGCCGCGGCGCCGUGCUUGAGUCGGACGAUACAGAGACCAACCGUCAGGGGGGUUUGGGCACUGGUUAUGGGCAAACCAAGUGGGUUUCUGAGCAACUGGCUCGCGAGGCUGGCAAGCGUGGCCUCCGUGGCUCCGUCGUCCGAGCUGGGUACAUUCUCGGCGGCCACAAUGGUGUGUCCAAUACGGAUGAUUUCUUGAUCAGACUCCUCAAGGGCUGCAUCCAGCUGGGCGCCAGGCCUCGCAUCAUCAAUACCGUCAACGCCAUCCCAGUCGAUCAUGUUGCCAAGGUCGUCGUUGCCUCAGCCCUGAACCCGCUACCCGGGGUGAAUGUCUGUCACGUCACUGCGCACCCGAGACUGCGCAUGAGCGAGUUCCUCUCGGCGCUGAACUACUACGGAUACGAUGUUCCUGAAGUCGACUACGAGGAGUGGAAGACGCGGCUCGAGGAAUUCGUGUUGGCCGGUUCGGUCGAGAAGGAUCAGGAGCAGAGUGCGCUCAUGCCAUUGUUCCACAUGGCCACGUCGGACCUACCGUCGACAACGCGCGCACCUGAGCUGGACGACAGGAACACCGUGGCUGUCCUCAAGGGCGACGCUGAUCGCUGGACGGGUGUUGACGAUAGUGCUGGUGAGGGCGUCACGCGCGAGAAUAUUGGAAGGUAUCUGAGGUUCUUGGCAACGAUCAAGUUCCUGCCUUUGCCGACCGGCCGUGGGCGCGAGCUGCCACCUAUUUCAGCCGAUGUCGAGCAGGCUCAGGCACAAUGGGGAGUGGGCGGUCGUGGUGGCACCAGUGCAUGA